CCAGGCUCAGGCGGGGGCCUGGGAAAUGACGAGGCAGAUGCGGUCGUGGCCACUGUGGACGGUGCUCCAGUGCCCGCUCUUCUCUGCUUCCCUGGUCACGGUUGCACUUUGGGACCACAGAGCUGCUGGGAGCGUGGAGGGUGGGGUUGAAGGGCCGCUGGCAGUUAGAGCCACUUGGUACUUUGUUGUAGAGGAGAAAAUUGCACAUUUUCUUUAGUCUGGUGAGUGACCAGCUGUUGCUUCUGCCUCACCUCAGUGAUGACACAUUAGGCUGACCCUGGAUGCAGCAUCCAUCCAGCUCUCGCCUCAAAAGCAAUGGCAUGGCCUGCUGCUGGAGUCCAGUGCCAGCUGGGGUGCCUUUGCUGGCAGCUGCUUGGGAAUCCAGGUUUGAAUUUGCAUCUGGAGGCCCCCUCAGAUGCAGGUGACUUAGAAUUUGACUGAUCAGUCUUUGAUGUCCUCUCUAGGAAGUUGCUAUCUGAUUUCUAUAUAAAAUGCAGGUUUUUGCAACCCGAAGGGUCUGUCUUUAAAAGUGCAUUUAGUAUUUGCAGGAUUUUGCUUUUUGGCCUUAGAAAGUGAAGUCUGUUCUUUGAGGGGAUUUCCUGAAGAUCAGCUAGAUCGCUGAAGCUGUGACUUCACACUCUCUCAGGUACCUGAUGCUGGGCUUUGCUGAUGUAGGCUUCAUCUUGAAGUACUUGUGAGUCAGUCACUCAAAAGUCAUUUUGUUCCCUGUUAGUAACAUGUGGUUGUGUGUGUGGGGGGGAGGAGUCUGAACAGUCCUUGUCAUUGUUGCCUAAGGUGCUGCCUUGUUUGGCAGGCAGAGGCCUAGAGUUGGCAUGUCUUCACAUGAGGUGCCUAGACAUCAAGCCAUACUGGGGAAAACUGGAAGUAGAUGCAGUCAGUGACAUUUAAACAGUAGAAGUCUCCACCACAACAAGGUGGAGGUAUAGGCUGAUAACUCACUGGUUCUGCCUACCUCUGAAAAGAGCAGAUUCUGAUAAACUUCUGUGGCCAAAACUUGGCCACCUGAGCCAGCAAUGGGGACCCUCAGUGUAUGUGUAGGCAGUGUGGGGCUUUUGGCAGUAUGGGGUUUGGGAGGGUCCACUCUUGCUGUGGAGCAGGAGCUGAGCAUCUUACUUGCAAAUGUGUCAGGAAGAACAGAUGCCCUUUGGCAUGUUGUACAUAACUGGGUUUAUUUGAAAGAAAAAAAAGAAAGACAAGGUCUAGUAUAGUGGUCAAGCCAUGGCUGAAAAGUCACCCUGAGGGGAAGGGGCAGGCUGGCACUGUCUGCAGAAGCUGCAUUGGGCCACCCAGAGGUGGUGAUGUCCCCACAGGCCAGUAUAGGGUUCUUUUGGGUCCUGCUGUGGCUGGUGGCCCUGAUCUGGGUGUGUGUAUGUGGAGGACGUAUUUGUGGAGAGGAUGGACAGGCUUACAUUGUUGGGACAUGAACAGAAGCUUCUGGCUCCCAGUGGAGGUGCUGUGAGGACUGUGGGCUCACAGGGGUACUCUGCUGGGCAGCAGUGGAGAGAGGAGUUUAUAGGGGGCCUUUGUUAGGACCAGGUAGCCACUGAACAUAUCUACCUUGUAGCCACAGCCUCUGAGCCUGGUGGGCUCAAGCUCUGUGCAUGGGUUUCCCAGUGGGUUGUCUGUACACCAGAAUAACACUCCUGCAUAUGUGGGCUGGAUCCAGGGCCGCUCUGGAGUGCUUGUUGCUGUUCUCUGGGUUACCUUUGGCUUGGUCUAAAAAGGUAACUGGCUGAGUGGUGGGGAUCAGGGCCCUUGCUGUCCUGUACUGCCUCCCCACCUGCUGCCAUUUCCAGUCCUAGGACACUCUUGAAGUGUAGUCAUGACUCCUAGGAGUAGGAGUUUGGAAACUUCAGAAGUGUGUUAACUGUGAGUUCAUUUUGGGGGCGUUGCCCCUGAAUACUUGUGUGCUUUUCUCCAGUCUCUUGUCACUCUACAAGGAAUUAACUUUUCCUUUGAUUCUGUUUCAGGUAAUUAUUGCCAAAUGAGGAGGAAAGGACGAUGUCAUCGAGGCUCUGCAGCGAGGCAUCCUUCCUCCCCAUGCAGUAUUAAACACUCUCCCACCCGAGAAACGUUGACGUACGCUCAAGCUCAAAGGAUGGUUGAGAUAGAGAUUGAAGGGCGCUUGCAUCGGAUCAGUAUUUUUGAUCCCCUGGAGAUCAUAUUGGAAGAUGACCUCACUGCUCAAGAAAUGAGUGAAUGCAACAGCAAUAAAGAAAAUAGCGAGAGGCCACCUGUUUGCUUAAGAACUAAGCGUCACAAAAACAACAGAGUCAAAAAGAAAAAUGAAGCCCUUCCUAGCACCCAUGGCACACCGGCCUCAGCCAGUGCCCUUCCUGAGCCCAAGGUUCGGAUUGUGGAGUACAGCCCUCCAUCUGCGCCCAGGAGGCCCCCCAUGUACUACAAAUUCAUCGAGAAGUCGGCUGAGGAGCUGGACAACGAGGUGGAGUAUGACAUGGAUGAGGAGGACUACGCCUGGCUGGAGAUCAUCAACGAGAAGCGAAAGGGUGAUUGUGUCUCUGCUGUGUCGCAGAACAUGUUUGAGUUCCUGAUGGACCGCUUUGAGAAGGAGUCAUACUGCGAGAACCAGAAGCAGGGGGAGCAGCAGUCCCUGAUUGACGAGGAUGCUGUAUGCUGCAUCUGCAUGGAUGGGGAGUGUCAGAACAGCAAUGUGAUCCUCUUCUGUGAUAUGUGCAACCUGGCCGUGCACCAGGAGUGCUAUGGCGUGCCCUAUAUCCCUGAGGGCCAGUGGCUCUGCCGCCAUUGCCUGCAGUCCCGGUCCCGUCCCGCGGACUGUGUGCUGUGCCCCAACAAGGGCGGUGCCUUCAAAAAGACGGACGACGACCGCUGGGGCCAUGUGGUGUGUGCCCUGUGGAUCCCAGAGGUUGGCUUUGCCAACACGGUGUUCAUCGAACCCAUCGACGGUGUGAGGAACAUCCCUCCGGCCCGGUGGAAAUUGACGUGCUACCUCUGUAAGCAGAAGGGCGUGGGCGCCUGUAUCCAGUGCCACAAAGCAAACUGCUACACAGCAUUCCACGUGACAUGUGCCCAGAAGGCUGGCCUAUAUAUGAAAAUGGAGCCUGUGAAGGAACUGACUGGUGGUAGCACCACCUUCUCAGUCAGAAAGACCGCUUACUGUGACGUCCACACGCCUCCUGGUUGCACACGGAGGCCUCUGAACAUUUACGGGGAUGUUGAAAUGAAAAAUGGUGUCUGUCGUAAAGAGAGCUCAGUCAAAACGGUCAGGUCCACGUCCAAAGUCAGGAAGAAAGCAAAAAAAGCUAAGAAAGCGCUGGCUGAGCCCUGUGCAGUCAUGCCGACUGUGUGCGCCCCAUAUAUUCCCCCACAGAGAUUAAAUAGGAUUGCGAAUCAGGUGGCCAUUCAGCGGAAGAAGCAGUUUGUGGAGCGAGCCCACAGCUACUGGUUACUCAAAAGGCUGUCUAGGAAUGGCGCUCCCCUGCUGCGGCGGCUCCAGUCCAGCCUGCAGUCCCAGAGAAACACGCAGCAGAGAGAAAACGAUGAAGAAAUGAAAGCAGCCAAAGAGAAGCUGAAGUACUGGCAGCGGCUCCGGCAUGAUCUGGAGCGCGCCCGACUGCUGAUCGAGUUGCUGCGCAAGAGGGAGAAGCUCAAGCGUGAGCAGGUAAAGGUGGAACAGAUGGCCAUGGAGCUGCGGCUGACUCCACUGACUGUGCUGCUGCGCUCAGUCCUGGAGCAGCUGCAGGAGAAGGACCCCGCUAAGAUCUUUGCCCAGCCCGUGAGUUUGAAGGAGGUACCGGAUUAUCUGGACCAUAUUAAACAUCCCAUGGACUUUGCCACGAUGAGGAAAAGGCUAGAAGCUCAGGGGUAUAGAAAUCUGCGUGCGUUUGAGGAGGAUUUUGACCUCAUUGUAGAUAACUGCCUGAAGUACAAUGCCAAGGACACCGUGUUUUAUAGAGCCGCAGUGAGGCUGCGCGAUCAGGGCGGCGUGGUUCUAAGGCAGGCCCGGCGCCAGCUGGACGGCAUUGGCCUGGAAGAGGCCUCUGGAAUGCACCUACCCGAGCGGCCUGCUGUGCCCCCUCGGCGGCCUUUCUCCUGGGAAGAUGUGGACAGGUUGCUGGACCCCGCCAAUAGGGCCCACCUGGGCCUGGAGGAGCAGCUGAGAGAGCUGCUGGACAAGUUGGACCUCACCUGCUCAAUGAAGUCCAGCGGCUCGCGGAGUAAACGGGCAAAACUGCUUAAAAGAGAAAUUGCUGUCCUUCGAAACAAGCUUAGCCAGCAGCACAGCCAGUCCCCACCAGAGGGGUCAGGGACUGGCAGCUUUGAAGAGGAUGCUGCUCCGCUGGGGCCUGACACAGGGGAGGAAGGAGAUAAAUCUCCCCCUAAACUUGAACCAUCAGAUGCAUUACCUCUUCCUUCAAACUCGGAGACUAAUUCAGAACCACCAACCCUCAAACCAGUAGAACUCAACCCCGAGCAGAGUAAACUAUUCAAAAGAGUCACAUUUGAUAAUGCAUCACAUAGCACUUGCACUCAGAGCGCACUGGUAAGCGGACACCCUCCAGAGCCCACCCUCGCCAGUAGUGGCGAUGUGCCGGCGGCGGCGGCCUCCGCAGUGGCGGAGCCAUCAAGCGAUGUAAACAGACGCACUUCUGUUCUCUUCUGCAAAUCGAAAAGUGUAAGCCCCCCAAAGUCUGCCAAGAACACUGAAACCCAGCCAACUUCUCCUCAGCUAGGGACCAAAACCUUUUUGUCUGUAGUCCUUCCGAGGUUGGAGACUCUACUGCAGCCACGGAAAAGGUCGCGGAGCACAUGUGGAGACUCCGAGGUGGAGGAGGAGUCCCCGGGAAAGCGCCUGGACACAGGUCUCACCAAUGGCUUUGGGGGUGCCAGGACCGAGCAGGAGCCAGGCAGUGGCCUGGGGAGGAGAGCUGCACCCCGACGGCGCUGUGCAUCCGAGUCUAGCAUCUCUUCCAGCAACAGCCCGCUCUGUGACUCGAGUUUUAGCACACCCAAGUGCGGGCGAGGCAAGCCUGCCCUUGUGCGCAGACACACACUGGAGGAUAGGAGUGAGCUGAUAUCCUGCAUUGAAAACGGGAACUAUGCCAAGGCGGCCAGGAUUGCAGCUGAAGUGGGGCAGAACAGCAUGUGGAUUUCCACUGACGCCGCAGCCUCCGUUCUGGAGCCCCUGAAAGUGGUGUGGGCCAAGUGCAGCGGCUACCCCUCCUACCCGGCGUUGAUCAUCGACCCCAAGAUGCCUCGAGUGCCUGGCCACCACAACGGUGUCACCAUCCCUGCCCCACCCUUGGACGUGCUGAAGAUUGGAGAGCACAUGCAGACCAAGUCCGAUGAGAAGCUGUUCCUCGUUCUGUUCUUUGACAAUAAGAGAAGCUGGCAGUGGCUUCCUAAGUCCAAGAUGGUUCCUCUUGGUGUUGACGAGACCAUCGACAAGUUAAAGAUGAUGGAAGGGCGGAACUCCAGUAUCCGGAAGGCUGUGCGAAUUGCUUUUGACCGGGCCAUGAACCACCUGAGCCGUGUGCAUGGGGAGCCGGCCAGCGACCUUAGCGACAUUGACUGAGGCAGCUCCUGCAGAAGGCUGCCCAGGCCGUCGCCAGCCGUGAGCCUUGUCCAUAGUGUUCAUAAGCUGUAUAUGUUUGUAUAUUGUUCAAAACUUAACUUAUUCUGAUUUCAUAGUCAUAGUUCUUUUAAUUCUUUUUCCCAGGGGCGGGGGGAGGUUUUGUUUUGGAGUUUUCUAUGAAACCAUCUCGUCUUGGCGCGUGGUGGGUGGGGUGCGAUGUGGGCAAGACGCUCUGGUGGUGCCGCGUGCCUCACUUGCUUCCAUCUGUAUGUAGCUUUUUUUUUUUUUUUAAAAAGACUUUUGAAUGUUUAAUAAUUUUGUAAAUCAUGCUCUUUACACAGAGUACCACUUAUUUAAUAAGACGGGGAUGUAAAUUUACAAUGACAAAUGUGUAUUUUAAGAAAGAAAAUGACAUUAUUUUGAAUGGUACUUUGUGCAAAGAGAUGGAGAGUAAAUUUAUGCUGUGUGCAUCACUUGCAAAUCACCAAAAACACUCCCGCCAGCGUGACGCUGGGCGGGGCCCUCCUUCUCAUCGUCCUGUCUGCCCUGAGUCUCCUCUGGUCCGCCCCGACUCCUACAGGCGUGCCUCCCAGCGGAUUAUUUAUUGUAGAAAGUGUAUUCAGUUGCUUUAUAAUGAAAAAUAAAUUUGCAAAAGUAUAUUGAUAUGCAUUUUUAUACAGGCACAUAAAAAUUCAACUUGGUUUGGGAGCAGAAUGUGUUGCGUGAUUAUAUAAAUGACUCUGGCCUGUGUGUACUUUGAUUUUGUAACUUGUAAUCUUUUGUUUACAAUGAGGGGCUUUCUGUAACUUGUUUUAAUUUAGAACACUUUGGUAGCAAUAGAACUUUGGAUACAUUUUUGUAUGGUACAUGUGAUGUAUAUAGAAUUAGUACUUUAUUUUUAUUUUUAAGAGGUAAAGCAUUAUGUUAGGGGGGGAAGUAGGGUGGGUUUCCAAAUUUGCAUUUUUUAUAUUAAAAAUAAAGUCAAGAUUUGGA